CAAUUUUUCCUUCAUGGACACAUGGAACGAAUCUCAUUCGAAUAUUCCGUCCCGUCAUCUUCUUCUUCGUCUCCACCCUCCCCCGAGAUCCUUUUAUUAACUCUCCGGCUCCAACUACGACCUCGUUCAAUCCAAUCCAUGGCGACCUUCCCCACCCCUCUAUUCUCCAUCCAUCAUCAAACACCCAAGCGUCCUAGGCUCAUUACCUCGUCAGCGGCGGGUAACGGUAGGCGUCCAUGGUGGGCUCCUCUUUUCCACUCUGCGUUCUCCGGGGAUCAGUGCGGUACGGAAGAUCUGGUGACGGCGAGCGAUUCCGAUGAAGAAGCGAAGGACGACACAUCGACGGCGGCGAGAAUUUUCUCAUCGCUGACGCCGGAGAAGGCUCGGGUUAUGCGAAGGAAGCUCCGAGCGACGAAGAUCUGGCAUGACGCCAUGUACCACUCCGCCAUCGCUUCAAGGCUAGCAUCUCCGGAUCAGGGUUAGUGGCGUCUAGAUCUCUUUUCUUUUUCAGAUCGCUGUAAAUAAGCUUUGAUCUGCAGUUCAGAGGUUUAUGCACGUUAGGUUGGGUUAGAUUUUUCUCCCAUUUCCCCUUUUUUCUUAGGUGGAGGAUGGAAGAAGAUGGGAUCUGUAGUUUUUAUGUUCUGUAUGAAACGAUAUCUGCUUCUUCGCUGUGUAAACUGGUGCGAAUCAGUAUGUUCUUCUUUGCUGUAUGAGGCUGUGGAAAUCUGUUCGUAUA